CAAAGUUGAGUAGCAGGAUUGUCAUGUCUUUGUUGCAUCUGUUCCACCUCAAAUGUUAUGAAUAGAAGUGUGUGAAUAUAUGGAAAAAUAAUAACCAUCUUACCUUAAAAGAAGUGUUUCAUCAGUGCCCUCAACAGUCAAACCACCCAAAAGAUGGAAGAAAAGCUGAAUGGAUCACUGCCUGUUGUAUCUCCGGAGUACCUUCAACAGUGGGUUCGGUCUGCCCAGCAGUUUCAAGCUCUCCAGGCUCAAUAUUCAGACGUCAUUCCUGAACAUCAGUUUCACUAUACAGAGCAUCAAGCUGGAGAGCCAGCUAUGGCAAACAUGGUUAAUCCGGAACCCGUGAUGGAUCAGCUGGAACCUACCAACUUGACAAAACCUCCAGCUAAAAAGAGAGGCAGACCAGCUCAACCCAAGGAACCAGGGGCACCCACACCACCAAAAGUCCCAAAGGCACGAAAGCCACCAAAAGACCCAAAUGCACCUAAAGCAAAACCAGGUCCAAAGCCCAAAAAGGCAGCUCAGGCUGAUGGGAAACAGGAGAAGAUUGAUGAAACUUUCAAGAAGGUAAAGAGGAAAGUAGACCGCUUCAAGGGCAUGUCAGAGGAGGAGGUCAUGAAAAAGACUCUACCAGACCUGCUGGACUACAACCUAGACUAUGUCAUUAUUGGUAUCAAUCCAGGUCUGAUGGCAGCUUUCAUUGGAAGAUGGUUUCCAGGUCCUGGAAAUCAUUUCUGGAAGUGUUUGUUUCUGUCUGGAUUUACUGAUGAGCAGCUCAACCACAUGCAUGACACCGUCCUACCUGUUAAGUAUAAAAUGGGCUUCACCAACAUGGUGGCCAGGGCAACACCAGGGAGCAAAGAUCUUACAAGUAAAGAGUUGCGUGAAGGAGGCAAAAUUCUUGUGGAGAAGCUGAAAAAAUACAAGCCACUUAUUGCUGUGUUCAAUGGAAAAUGCAUCUAUGAAAUGUUCUGCAGAGAACUGUUUGGUAAAAAACCACAAAAACUCGAAUUUGGUUUGCAGCCACACAAGAUCCCCGACUGUGACGUGGCUUUGUUUCUGAUGCCUUCAUCCAGUGCUCGUUGCGCCCAAUUCCCUCGUGCUCAGGACAAAGUCCACUUCUACAUCAAACUGAGAGAACUCAGAGACCAACUGAAGGGUGUCCAAAGAAGCACAGAGAUCCAAGAGGUCAACUACAUGUUUGACCUUCAGCUGGCCAAGGAGGAUGCCAAGAGGCUGGCAAUAAAGGAAGAACAAUACGACCCUGGUUAUGAAGAUGCCUAUGGCGGAGCAUAUGUCGAGAGAGGACCUGAAGGAAGCCAAGCUGAAAGCCAGAGCAACGGUCACUGCACGUUUUCAUCUGCUGAAAAUACAGAAGGAGCACAGGAGGCGACUGUAUCACAAACAGCUGAUGGCCAGCUCCCAGACGGACAGUGGAUGACCCAGUCCUUUGCAGAUCAGAUUCCAGACAUAGGCAGCGGACCAAAAGAUGGUAGCAUAUGAGGAAAAGGGCUU